CGGCCAUUGUCGACGAUGCUGGCGGCGUCGUCUAGAGCAGCAAACCUUCCUGGCGCGCUCAAGGCGCCCUCGCAGCGCGCAUACCACUCCCUGACCACCCUCCCCUCCCGCAAGCCCGUCAUCGCACAGGGUAUCCCCGGCUACAGUGCCGUCUCUGGACACCGGGUGACCGUGUUUGGCUGCACUGGCUUCCUGGGCAGAUACCUCGUAUCCAAGCUCGGUAAGAUCGGAACGCAGGUGACGGUCCCAUACCGCGAUGAAGACACGAAGCGUCACUUGAAGCCGAUGGGCGACCUCGGUCAAAUUGUUCCGCUGGAAUGGGACAUCCGCAACGAGCAGCAGAUUGCUGAGUGCUUGCGCCACUCCGACAUCGUGUACAAUCUUGUCGGCCGUGACUACGAAACCAAGAACUUCAACUACUCUGCCGUACACGCCGACGGCGCCGCCCGCAUUGCCCACAUCGCGAAGCAGGAGGGCGUCGAGCGCCUUGUGCACGUCUCUCACCUCAAUGCUGCACCGGACUCAAAGUCCGCGUUCUACCGCGCCAAGUUCGAGGGCGAGGAGCGCGUCAAGGAGGCCUUCCCCGAAGCGACUAUAAUUCGCCCGUCCAUCAUGUACGGCUACGAGGACAAGCUUCUCAACAACAUGGCCAUCUGGCCCAUCUACUGGCGCCUGAACCAGUCGCAGACCAAGGUCCGCCCCGUGCACGUUAUGGACGUCGCCCAGGCGCUCGCCAACCUCAUGGAGAUGCCUCGCAUCGAGCGCACGCUGAACCUCCCUGGGCCCUCGACGCUCACCUACGAGUUCCUCCUCGACCUCGUAUCCUCCGUUUCCCUCCGCCCCGCCUCCACCGCGCCCGCGCUCCCCAAGGGCCUCGCGAAGUGGGCUGCGAACCUUGUGAGCAAGUCCGUGUGGUGGCCGACAUUGUCGCCGGACGAGAUCGAGCGCCGCUACAUUGACGACGCGACGGUGCCGGGUGAUUGGGAUGUCGUGGGCGUCACCCCGAGCGAGAUCGAGAACCAUGCGAUCACGUACUUGAGGCGGUAUCGGUCGGCUGACAACUUCAUCCGCCCUGUUACGCUCCCGCCGCGUCCUGCGACGUUGUAGAUGCAACAGCCAUACUUGCUCCCUUAGACUAGGUGGCAAAAAUGGCAAGGGU